AUGCUUCCAACUUUGUUUGUUAAGGUAGAUAACGCACAGAAAUGGAGCACAACUGAUAUAAAACAGCCCAUAGAAAGUGAAGUACUUGAUGUUGAUAUGGUCAGAAGGGUACUAGGGCGGGCUUUUGAUCUAAGCAAGUGUCCCCCUAAGCCUACCAUUAUGCAUGUGGCUAGCUCUGCGCUGUGCAGGGAUCCCGUUCCCAGUAGUGUGCUUACUCGGUACGAACAACUCUCAGACCCGCCAAUUCUUCUCCGGUCUGUCAUCGAGCUAUUAACGAGAAAAUCGGCGAUUUGUGUAUGGCCACGGCCUAACCCCUCCAUAAAUUGCGUCAGAUUCCAGUUGUCAGCUUCUGAGAUGGAUGAGUUGAUAGCUCCCCAGCAUUCUAACAAUAUACAUCGAGCCACAGAUGCAAUCCUUAGCGGCCAGCCGGCCUUUCUCCCUGUACGCUAUCCCUCUUAUUCUAGCGGAUCUUUAGAAGCCUUAGGCGAUUUGUCAGGCUAUAGCAUGGUUCCUAGGAGCUUACGGUCCCCUGGGGGUUCUCGGCGGCCUUGCCUCCACCUUCUCAUUGAUAUUACCAAUGUAACCUAUGGAGACACGAAUAAGCAACGAUAUGAGCCUCUCUGGGGCUCCCUAGCGGUUUAUCUACGGCGCACAACCGAUUCAAAGCUUACCCUUCACAAGGUCAGUGAAAGCGCACACUUCGACUUCACUACAAAGGAUGUGCUAAGUUUAAUGGGUCAUGAGUCCUCCGGGAGGGACGUAACUGCAAUUGCUGAGGCCAGCAGGCUUGUUGAGCUUAGGUUUCCCUUGGAUUGCGACUACAAUUUGGCAGAUUUAGUCCUGGUCAUGCAACUGGAACAGCUCUGGCACAAUGAACACCAAACAAGGCACGCAAUCUAUUCUAAGAUCAUGUCUCAGGAAGGAAAGCAAUCUUCCAAAGGCGCGGCGAGAGAGGCAGCCAAGAUGGCCACAGCCAGUAUAAUUGCAGCCAGCACAGCAAGUGUGGUGAAUACGGGGGGUGAAAAGAAGACGCUUUUUGAUACUGUCGGCUCUAAUGGCUCUGUAGUGAUGACAGAACUUCAGAAGAAGGAUCAGAACUCUAUUUGCUCACGGGCUGCCAAUGUAUGGAAGCGUGCUGGUGCAGUGAGGACGCCUGUAGCUUUCGGCUUUGCAUCUCUGGACUUGUCGUCUCUCCUCCUCUCUCCACAGCCAAUUUUGGAUGGUGUUCAUAAGCCAUCUUCCGAUAAGCUCAUGCAGUACAUUCUGAAAUCACACGCACCUAUUCUCAGCGGAGAUAAAAUUCUCAUUACACCGCUUUCUAGAUACAAUCAUGGACCAGCGUGGCACUUCGUCCUCUUAGAUCAAAGUUAUGAAGAUUUCUUGACUAACUCGGAGGGAUUCCACGAACUUCUGGAGGAGCACUACCGUGAAUGGUUACGCAAGAACAUACCCGAAGUCCACUACAUCCAUGCUUCGCUCACAGUGCAGUUUCUCAACUUGGGAGUCUUCCACCGGUCCAAGAGCAUUCUCACUAUCUUUUCGGAGCUCUUUUCUUCUACCUCACUCAACCCAGACAUGACAAUCAACCAGACAGUUGCGAGGCAGAGAUAUCUGCGCAAAGCCUACAACUCGAGCGUGUCAUCCUCUUCGGCAAACGAUACACCUUAUUUCCAGGGCACUGAUGGUAUGAGCUAUCCUACUGAGCUGGCUGCUCUUUUAUCUGGGGCAGCAGACUGCAGUGCUCCAAUUACAGCAGAUGACCUGGUGCGGCUACUCUCAACGAACAGCGAGGCAAACCUGGCACGGGGUAUAAUGGACUUAGAGGUAGGUGCUACAAGCAUCUCCCAGCAAGCAACUACGGCCCAUGGGAUUGUGUAUUCUGCAGAGCUCGAUAACUUCUUCAACAAGCAUGCAUUUCUGUCACCACUGAACACAGGAAUGUUCAACAAUAGAAUGUAUUUAUAUAUGAGCAAGUGCUACAUCCGACGUAAGUUCACUGGGAACCUGCUUGUGCGUGUGGAACUGCGUGAUAGUGAUGACUUGUCGUCAUAUACUAUUAUUCAGUCGUUUUACUCUCGGUACACAGAUAACUACAACCCAACAAAUGCACCAUCCUCGAGCAUAUUUUGCAGUUCUGUCGUCCAGCUGACUGGCUAUGAAAGCUCCAGAGUUGCUCAGCUAGGCGUCAAUACUGUGGACCUUCCCCUCUUGCUUCCAUCCCAAUUAACUUGCUGUGCACCCCACACCAAGGCAGCGUACUUUGGUACUGAAUUCAAGUUGGAACUUCCUUUAGUUAUUACAGAGGGCAUGCAUUUCUUUUUCACGAUAUAUUCGGUCAAUGCCUUGCACGGCGAUAAGCAAGACCGGCUUGUAUCACUUGAUGACACGAUACUCAGCCAUGCCAGCAGUGCGUCUGGUAUCACUCUAGGGGCAUCCAAUUUUUCCACAUCCAUGUCCACAGCGAGCACUAUCUAUCGAUCCUCUCGGCAGCCAGAUUCCACAACAAAGUCUGCGACCACGCACCGUGCUGUCAAGAACGACGCCUUCACCCCUAUAGGCUAUGCCUAUCUCCCGCUUCAACAGUUUGACUCUGCACACAACCGCAUGUACCAUCUCUCUGCCGACUAUCUCUCCCUACGAGUGUUUGAGACAGAUUUGUCUUCAGGGUAUCUUUCUGCUUCUCCAAUCGGAGACCGCACAAGCUCUCACCUAGUCGUAAAGUGCACAUCUCAAAGCUCCAUUUUCACUCAGAAUGUUAAUGUUUUUCAAGUCCUAGAGCAGUACAGUCUGAUUGAUCAAAGCAUCUCCCGCGCGACUGGCUCCAUUGCCGGAACCGUGGCAAGCUCGGGCUCCUCUGCCUAUGAGAUAGAGCUUUCUCCCCUAGAGCUUUCCAAAUUACUAACUUCUCUUAAUGCCAGGCUGCAGGAUCUUCUCGAGGUUCUCCAGAAAGGUGAGGACCCGGAUCUAAUGGUGUCUCUUCUUCACUAUCUUCCGGUGUUUAUAACAAUGCAUUCUACUAUUCAGUCACGCAUACUUCUAAUAAGGGAAGUGACUGAGAGCUCUGUUGUGCUUACAAGUAUGGCUCGUGGGCUUUCUCUUUUAGUGCUGAUAACACGAACUUUUGAGAGAGACCAGCCAUCGAGCCACGACGCUGCUCUUUCUUAUGCACAACGAAUUCUCUUUAGUGCAUGUGUCUUUCGAAGUAAGCCUCAGUAUGACGCAUUGCUCCGCGACCAGACGCAGUAUGGAAAAUUGGUGUCACCGUUCCUUCCUUUGGAGCCGGAGCUCAAUGCUAAUAAGGCUUCAAGGCUGGAAAGGCUGGAAAACAUUUCAAAGUUGCAGGAACCGUGGAAGAAAGUAUCUACUACGUCUGCCUAUUCCCUUUCAUUUCUUCUAGAUAGUCGGACCUGUUUUAACAACCCUGUGCCUUCUUUUUACACUAAGCCUUGUACUGACGAAGUACCCUCGAUCGUUGCCAAUGCCGUUUAUAAAAGUGCCUACCCAGAGACUCUCUCCGAGCUUACGGGCUUCGUGGAAGCUGCCCUUCUUCACCUAGACGCAGACACAUCUCUUGGUGCUGCUCUGCAGGCCUCAUGGUAUAGCCUUCAGCAAAUUGAGAAGUCUCUUGCCUUUAUAUUUGCCGAAACAGAGUGCACUCUGGAGCACCGAUUCUAUGAGGCGCUUACACCAGGAGGCCUUCUUUCUCCGAUGUCCCAGUCUAAGAGUAGCCCAUCAGACGGCGCUAAUGCAUAUGUUCCCCUGUCACCUCUUAAUAGCAAACAAACACCUGUUCUUUCGAGUACUAAAUCCCCAGCAACUGUACACACAGAUGCUGAUCUUCUUUAUCUUCAGAGCAGCCUACAGAGACUACUGAUCAUCCUAGGGCGAAAAAUGCUGGUCUAUAUUGCUAGGACCUUAGAUAAAGCCGGAGUUCUCCCGGAUGUCUCUCGCUCAAUUGCCCGAGUGAUAUCAGUGUGCCACGCCUUUCAUUACGAUACUCUAGGCUCGGUACUUACUACUUGUUUCUGUGGCCAAGUGCUACCUACAUUAGUCGACACCUCAUGGUCUUAUGGCGAGUUCAAGCAGUUCCAGAUCUUCACAAGCAUUCAGGACCAAAUCAAGGAUAUGCACUCCACUAACUUUAUGUGGAACACCAUUGAAGCAGAGACGCUGGCCAGCAUAGAGACCCCUGAACCUGUUGCAAAGAUUCUGACCCACUGCUACAAGAACAUCUAUUAUCCCUUCUUUUCCGAAAUGUUCUCUUUAGGGCUACCAUAUAUUCACUUUUCCUACAACCAGUUUCGUCGCUAUUCUAAAGCUGGCCGUAUAGAAAGCGAAAUUGCGCCAGUUCCUCCAGAUAACUUGGUCUCUAUUCGCGAACUUGCCCGUGCACCCGAGGUUCGGUCAGACUCUGUGUCCUCUCACGCUCUGACAAAUAUGGCUACUAAGCAAGUGCUUCCACCAUCUUCUCCCACGCAACGAGCUUCUAGUACUUCCACUCCUGUCCCUGGCAGCAUUGUUAGAACGAUCCCCUCAGCAGCUAUUGGGGGCUUUUCUCCACCUCAAACUCCCGUUUUCCCAUCUACGGAUAAGUCCUCGCAGCCUGAUAAGCAGCGCCAAGAUCUAUUUAAUUCUAUUGAGCGCCUGACCACCGAGCAACUCGUCCCUCCUCUUCUCAAGUAUUUUCAGGAAGUGCUGGUUCACUGUCUUAUGCGAUGUGACAGUGCCACAGUGCAGUUGAUAGUGAUGUUUAUGAAGGAGCUACUGUUAGACAUUCCCUUUUUCACCACAGACGCAUUCUUCGGAGGCUGGGACAAGUAUACUCAUCAUACAGCCUUCUUGGUUCGGCCAGUGUUUUAUGCUCUUAUCAUGACCUUUACCAGAGUAAUCUCGCUCUCCUAUUCUGCUGAUCUACCACAGGCAGUGGGAGCUGCUGCGAUAACACAGAGAGCAGAGGCAAGUGUUUCCGUGGAGGAACGGAAGGUUGACCUCACCUAUGGAGAGUCAAGUGAUCCGUCAAUUCCUGGCUUACAGGCUCAAGACAGUGCGAAUCUCCGGGUCGCUAAAAUACAAUCUGCGUCCAUGGAGCCCAGUAACAUCUCCACAAUGUCCGGGACACCAAAUCUUCAGUUGGGCCGCCUCCCGACCAACAUUGCAGCAACAAACGCACCAGAUAGAGCUAUCUCUACAGUUAUUGUGCGAACGGUCAUCCAUCUUAUCCUAUUUGCGCUUGUCUACGACCGUGACGUCUUAAGUCUCACCACCACGUCUCUUGAUCAUCUAGCUACUGUCUGUCAAUGCAUUUCUAUGAUUCCAAAAUAUUAUUCGAGUGACUCGUUGGCCUCCUCGCACUUUCUAUCCGUAGGAUCAAUGAGCUUUCUGGAUCAUCACAUGGCUAACAUAUAUCAAGCGGCAACGCGGUACGAGAUGGACUAUAUUGUGAAAAGCAGUGAGUUCCACAGCGCUACAGAUAAGAUGGCGUGUUUGGUUGGUGUAUAUCUCAGACAGCUUGAACUUCUUUAUUCCCCUUCCCAUAUUUCAACAAGUCCACAAGUCGAUUUGGCCGCUAUAAAAUCCCGGCACCAGAGACGGCCGAUUAAAGCAAAGAUAUUUCGUAACCUGUUUGCUAAGAAGCGUUCCGCUAGCUCAACAAAGGGCCUGGGUCAUAAUGGGGAACUGGAUCUGCUUGAGACGAGUACACUAGCAACCCCCAGUGAGCGCCAGGACAGGUCUCCCAUCCGAAAGAGUCUGUUCGAUAGCAACGCAACGCCUCCGCGAAGCAAGAACGCAUUUGUAACGGGCAGAAAGCGUGUCUCCAUGCGAUCGAAGUCUAAAGGGGGGCAAUUGGACAAAAUACCAGUGCAGGAGGCUUCUCAAGACGGAGUGACUGGAGACUAUAGCGAUAUGGAUGAGUUUUCUGCCCUGCAGGCAUCCCUACUAAUCAGCAGUGUUAGGAGCUCGUUCCGCAAUAGCGGAAGGCUGGGACUAUUAGAAGCAUCAACAGAAAGCAGUAUUCUAUUUGAUAAUCAGUCAGAUUCCACCGUAUUUCAGCUAUAUACCAUAGCUGAUUUGGCCACGGAUACCUCUGCAAACCAGGCACUUCAAAAGGUAGACGAGCAAUGUAUCGCUCAUCUAGGUCAUAUUAUCCUCGUGCUCGGACUGUCGUAUUUCAAGCGCGUUUUUCACCAAUUCCGUAUCCUCAUUUCCACUAUCAAAGGACACGGCGACUACAGGCGCAUCAUUUCUGGGGGUCCCUUUUAUCCUACUCUUUUAGGUCCUGAUAGCUUGCGGCACUCCCCACUCGCUACCAGAGAGCUGGGCAACGUGCAGAAUUCCACUGUAAUAAAACGAAAGUCGAUUGAUCCGGCAGACAAGUCGUCUGAGCAGGCAAGGCAGAAUACCUCCUUCAAGCGCUUAGAAGAUGUACCCAACUCGCAUACCCUGGUGUGCAUGAUCGCUAGAAUGGUGUGGGCGGUGCAUCUUACUAUUUAUAACUUUAUUCCUUGCCCCUUAUUUACUGAUCAACUCAGAAUUAAGCUCUUGGAUUAUGCACGUGACUUCGUGAGCGGGUAUAAGGACUACUUGUAUAUAGAUUCACGGUACUCAUCCAUUGAGCCGAUGUUUGCGUACUUUAACAUAUAUAGGGUUCUAUUCCGUUUAGCAAUGGAAAGUAGGGGAGCCCUGCAGAAUAAGUCGCUCGCUCCUGCAAAGGACAAUAACGAUGAUCAGCAUAAGAAGGCAGUUGAACUCGCAAUCGAAGGCAAAGAAAAACUGUAUAAAAAGUCAGUUGAGCUUGUCAGAAUGCUGCUUCGAGAAGAGAGCUAUCGCAUAAAUAGGGUUAACAACGUUAGUCUAGUCCAGAUAUCCACUCUUUUCUCAAGUCUAGUCACGAAUAAGAACGAGUACGAGACCAUGCUCAUUGUGAUUGAUGAUAUAACUAGAGAUAGCAACGCACUGGCUAAUAUAUCUGAGAAGCUGCGUCAGAUUUUACUGGAUCGAAACCAUAUAAAUAACAUGGCAUUCUGCAUCAAUCCACAUACCGGAAAGCAGUGCUACCAACUGGAUUAUCUUUUGAACCUGUACUUUGACCAGGCAGAGCUCUACUUUCAGCAACCAGAGAUGCGCUUUGAAGCAUUACACGCGUUGUUCCAUCUUUUACUGGAGCAUGACAGGCAAAUUGAGGCAGCCCACAUGGCAAUUUUAAUGUGCAGCCUCAUUUCUGAGUUGACCCACCGAGAGGCCACUAUAAGCGACUCCUAUGACGUGGAACUGCGUUAUGCGAUCAUUCCUGGUCUUCUGAUAAGCUCCAAAUCGUCGAGGUCUGCCCUUUUGUCGCCAAGGUCUGGCUCACAGGCGCUCUAUCAAAACAUUGUUGAUUCUCCGACAAUUUCUAGCGUAAUUUCGCAAAUACCCUAUCGGCUGGAGCAAAUAUGGUUGUUCAGGGAGUGCAUCCAUGACUUCCGGCGUAUUCUCCCAGGUCUCACGAUACAGACGGAAAAAGAUGUGAUCCAGAGAAUGUUUGAUCAGAGUGCUUCUCCCUUCUCUCUACACGAUUUUUUUGGACAUCUGGCCACAGCAGGCGAGAUCUUUUUAAAGAGCAACUAUUUUUGGCAAGCGUCUGUUGUAUUCAGUCUGCUACUGCAGCUACAUAACAAGUUUGGGAACAUUAACAAAGCAAUCGAAGCAGCAGAGCUAUACACCAAAUCUAUCAAGCAAUACCUGGCAGGCGAACAAGUGACCAAGUCACGGAUGUACCUCGUGUCAUUCCAUAACUUCAGUGAAGAUGUGGACGUUGAGGAAUACAUAUACUGUAAUAACCUCAGUCCAGAUGACUUCCGCCUCAAUCUGAGAACAUUCUAUACCGCUAAGUACCCUGACGUUAUUAUUUGCGGCCAGGGCUCGAGACUUGAUUCAGACCAAAUAAAAGCAAAGACGAUACGCAUAGCAAAUGUGACACCCAUCACACUCAUACCAGGGACAGAUUUGACAGAGUCAAUCUUGAAUCGAAUUCAAACAUCGCUGCUAGCAUACUUUUCCAGGAUAAUCGGCUCCACGCCAGCAUCCAACCAACAUCACUCGCAUGGCCUCAGGAACGUUGCUGUCAAUUCUACUGCGAGUGCAAUCACCGAAGACUCGCCUCUUAGACCAUUGUCGCCUGUUCCCAGGUUUUCUCAACAAAGACUCGAUGCUGCUGGAUUUAAUGUACAUAGAUAUAUUGCUCUAGUUCUUUCGUACGUCUGUGGAGCGACUGGACCCAACUAUUCCUCCUUAGAUCUAAAAGUUAGGCAUCCAGACAUACAAAAGCAAGGUGCACAUCUUUACUCUUUCGUCUUCAAGUACUCGUAUGCGGAUACACACGAGGUGGAUAGGAGACAAGAUGGGAAAACAGCCGUAUACGGACAAAUAGAUCGGUAUUGCUUCGUUCCUUACGCAUUUCCUUCUUACAAGACUCGUCAGAUAGUAAUAGGCUCGUACAGUAACAAGAUUCCUCCCAUAGUCGCAAGCGCGUUUAGGGUUCUUGAAAAGGCUGCGGCCAUCACUCAGCACGUGCAGAAUAAGGAUCCGCUCGGACAGAUCCAGCUUACGCUUUCUGGCAUGCUUAUGGCAUUUGUCAACAAAGGACCCGUGCAUCUAGCCGAGCUAUUCCUGAAGAGAAUCGUCCCAGCCGAGCAUAACACUAUGCCUAAAGACUUGCACUCCAAUCGAACCCAAACCCCUGUCUUGAGUAAUGCACUGAGCAUAGGCAAUCUUAGCAUUGCACGGGUGAUAUCUCAACGUGCCAUCGAGGGAACUCCUCAGGCACAGACUCUACAAGUCUCUAUAACCGCGGAAAGUGACACCACGCAGGGGCGCUUCAGUGGAGCCUUUGGGGCUCUGUAUCCCGGUCUCCCAGGAACCACAGUGGGAGCGGGCGCAAGCUAUGACACGCUUACACGCUGCAGUAUAAGGAAUGAUGAGCCGUCAAUGGAGAGUAGAAUCAGCCGCGCUUAUCGCACAAGUGGAUAUCUUACAUGUCCAGAUUUUUCAAGUAAUAGGGAGUCUGUGGCAAGCGUUGCCUUCAGUGACGGCGGGCUUGUGAUAGAGUCAAACGCAACCUGUCCUGAGUCUCUCCUGUCUAGCUGGGAAGAGUUCGAACCCUCGGAAUACCUGAGUAUCAGCUUGAAGUAUAUGAUGGACCGGAUAGUUCUUGGCUUGAGAUAUUCUACCGAGCUGUGCAAACAUGGGAUGAAUGAGAUAACCCUACAAAAAACGCUUAUGCAGCGAUGCAUCGAGAUGAUUAACGCCCUUAAAUUUUACAUUGACGGUUGGGACUACAACCCACUAAUUGAUCAAUGUGUGGCGCUGGCUUCCCUAUUAGAAAUUAUUUCCUAG